AAAGCAUCUUUGGAUUGCCACAAAGUGGUUGUGGCUCAGAUUCAUUGUUGUAUAUCUGACGUAGCAUCCCAGUCCCCAUCUGCUUCACUCACUUCAGCAUAUCAACAAACAAUAAAAGUGCACAAUCAAACCACCACGACACUCUUUCCCACACACAACGUGCCACCACUCUCUCUCUCUCUCUCUUUAAAACUUUCCAGAAACACCCCAAAAAACAACAAAAAAAAAACACGCGGCAUUUUAAAGGUUAUUUAUCCUUAUUAGAAAAAAGUUAAAAAGAAAGAAAAAUAAAAAAAAACCAAAGAAACAGAAAUGUUGGAGUCAAAAGACUCGACGAUGAAGCUCUUCGGGAAGACGAUCCCUGCGCCGGAGAUCUCCGCCGGAGCUCCGGCAUUGUCUUCUGGUGAUGCUGAUGCUGUUGGUGUUGUUCAGAACCAUGGUUCUUCAAGUGUCAAUGGGGAUGGUGAAGAGCACGAGAUUGAGCAGGACAUAAUGGGAGAGGAAACAACUGAGAGUGAGAAGGAAGAUGAAGUGACCAAUCUUGAUACUGUCUCAAGACCAGGGGAAGUGUCUAUUAACCCCUCUACCAAGAAGGAGGAUCUUACAUUGAAAACUUCAAAAAAGACCGAACAAGAACAAGGUGAAAAUUCCCAAGAUAAAACACUGAGAAAGCCGGACAAAAUACUGCCUUGCCCCCGCUGCAAUAGCAUGGAUACCAAGUUCUGCUACUACAAUAAUUACAAUGUCAACCAACCCCGCCAUUUCUGCAAGAAUUGUCAGAGAUACUGGACUGCCGGUGGAGUGAUGAGGAAUGUUCCUGUGGGUGCUGGUCGCAGGAAGAACAAGAAUUUUACUUCUCAGUAUCGUCAGAUAACUGUUCCUGAAGCAGCACUCUUGAGUUCUCAGCCGGACUUGCCAAAUGGAGUCAGUCAUCCUUCCUUGAACUGUAAUGCCACACUCCUUGCAUUUGGGUCUGAUACACCCUUGUGUGAAUCAAUGACAUCUGUUUUGAACCUUGCUGAAAAAGCAGUGAACAAUUCCACAACAAAUGGAUUUAAUGGCUCAGAAGAACUAGAAAUUCCUUUUGCUUAUGUUGCUGGAGAAAAAGUGAAUGAUGAUUCCAAUAAAUCUUCUGACAUGUCAACAAAGCCAAUGGAAGGUGAAACCACCAAUAGGUCCCAAGAACAAGUCAUAGAGAAUUGUCAUCCCUUCCCACCUCAUGCUCCCUACUUUCCUGGUGCCCCUUGGCCUUUCCCAUGGAAUCCAGCACUGUGGAACUCCCCGGUACCAUCACCACCUGCUUUUUUCCCACAAGGAUUUACCAUGCCUCUCUAUCCUGCAGCAGCUUAUUGGGGUCUUACUAUACCGGGUGCAUGGAGCAUCCCAUGGCUAGCGCAACCAUCAUUACCAAAUAGCACAGUGUCUAACUCUGGUCCAGACCCCAUUGCCCGAACCAUAGCCAUGUCUUGAUUGCCACGUCCCAAAAAGUUAACAGGAGGAAGUGGGGUUUCAACAAGAGGACUCUUAUUGCUGUUCAACCAUAUUGCAAUGGAAAGUGAGGGAAAGUGAGAUAAGGCUUCUAGACCCAACCAGUUACUGUUGAUGUCUCCUUGAUCCAUUAGCCAACAAAGAAUAGUGGGUUUCCUCUUGGGGGAAUGUACAGGGCAGUGGGAUAUGCCUAAGGGGAAAAGCAAAAGUGGUGAGGAAAAGAAAGUGCUCUAUGGAUGUGUUGAAAGCAAAAUGAAAUGACAAUGUCCAAGAUAAUUAGCUUGAUGCAGAAGAUGUGAUUCAAAUGUGAAAGCUAAUGAAGAUAGGGUUUUGCGUGACUCUUGUGGUAGUUUCAAGGAACAAUCCUAACAAAAAGAAAAGCGUGAGCCAUAUCAGCAAUACUCACAAGAUAUUGUCAAACAUAUUUCUUUUAACACACUUUAUAUUAUGAGUUUAAUAUCAUAUUAACAGUAUAAAAUAAUUUUA